AUGAGCUCGCCCAAGUCCGCGGCAGAAGGCCUCACGAGCGACAGAGAAGCCCAGCCCACCACCACCCCGACGCUCUACUUCGCCUACGGCUCCAACCUCUCACCCACACAGAUGCAGUCCCGGUGCCCGGGCUCCGUCCCGCUGGGCCUGGCUCGGCUGCGCGGGUGGUCGUGGCUGAUCAACGCACGGGGCUACGCCAACAUCGUGCGCGCUCCUGCACCUUCAUCGUCGUCUCCACCUUCCCCUUCACCAGCAACACCGGCACCAACGACAACAACAGUCCGAGGGAAAAGCCCCAGCGGUGGCGAAGACGCCACCGACGAGCCGCUCGUCUACGGGCUGCUGUACCGGCUCGCCCCGCGCGACGAGGCGACGCUGGACGUGUGCGAGGGCGUGCCGUGGGCGUACCAGCGGGCGUUCGUGGACGUGACGCCGCUGCUGCUGGAGGAGGAGGGAAAAGAAAACGGCCGCCCCAUGAGCGAGACAGCGGCAGCGCCGGUCCGGGCCCUGGUGUACGUGGACGGCGCCAACGUGACGCCCGGGCGCGCGCGCGACGAGUACGUGGGCCGCAUGAACCGCGGCAUCCGGGAGGCGGGCGAGCGGUGGGGGCUCGAUGCCGCGUACGUCGAGGCGGUGAUGCGGCGGUUCAUACCCGGAGAUGGGCAGACAGCAGAGAAAAGGGGCAAAGGGGGUGGGGUGGGUUGA